UCGAGCCCAUCGGCGACCGCUAUAACAAAUCAUAUUGCUAGGGUUUUGCUGGCUGCUUGCCUCAUCUCGUCGGCGCAUUGCACUUCGUUCUCUCGCCUGCAGAGGCUUCCCUUCCUGCGUGAAGAAGCCAUGAUCAUUCCGAAGAAGAACCGCCAUGAGAUCUGCAAGUACCUCUUCCAAGAGGGGGUACUGUACGCAAAGAAGGAUUAUAACCUUGCGAAGCACCCGGAGAUUGAUGUGCCGAACCUCCAGGUGAUCAAGCUGAUGCAGAGCUUCAAGUCGAGGGAGUAUGUGAGGGAGACCUUUGCUUGGCAGCACUACUACUGGUACCUCACUAAUGAUGGUAUAGAGUACCUGAGAACUUUCCUUAACCUGCCCUCGGAGAUCGUUCCUGCCACCCUGAAGAAGUCUGUGAGGCCGCCGACCCGCCCAUUUGGCUCUGGUCCUCCUGGUGACCGUCCCAGGGGACCACCCCGGUUUGAAGGAGAUAGGCCGAGGUUUGGAGAUAGGGAUGGUUAUCGUGGAGGCCCUCGUGCUGGCCCUCCAGGUGAUAUUGGUGACAAGAGUGGAGCACCUCCUGAGUUCCAGCCAUCUUUCCGGGGUGGCGGCAGCAGACCAGGAUUCGGCCGUGGUGGUGGAGGCUAUGGACAAGGGGCACCAACUGCAUCUUUCGAGUAGUUCCAUGGCGCCUGCCUUAUCUUCUCUGUUUAAAUGGAGAUUUGCACCGUUAGUUUGUUCCUCUUAUGAUUCCAAGUGGUUUCAAGUUUUUGGACUAGUGACCUCUUUAAGACUGAUUCUGUUCCUGUGUAUGUUCUUUUGAGAUGCCCAAAAUUUUUACAUUACCAAUUAUCAUCGUUUGUCUGCCUUAGCUUUA